AACUUCCAGGGAGUAGAGCAGGAUUCAUAGCUCUUGGUGCUGCCGGCCACCCCCUCUAGCGCAAACCAAAGGUACAGGUGCGGACUGUGAGCAGAGAUGGGUGACUGGAAAGGCUACAUUAGUGCGGUGCUGCGGGACCAGCGCAUCGACGAUGUGGCCAUCGUGGGCCACUCGGACAAUCGCUGUGUGUGGGCGUCACGGCCCGGGGGUCUGCUGGCGGCCAUCUCCCCGCAGGAGGUGGGUGUGCUCACCGGGCCAGACCGGCACACCUUCCUGCAGACCGGUCUGAGCGUGGCUGGCCGCCGCUGCUGCGUUAUACGCGACUACUUGCUGGCCGAGGGCGAAGGCGUACUGGACGCACGCACCAAGGGGCUGGAUGGGCGUGCGAUUUGCGUGGGCCACACGCCGCGGGCGCUCCUGGUGCUCAUGGGCAGACGAGGCGUGCACGGAGGCAUCCUUAACAAGACAGUGCACGACCUGAUUGGUGGCCUGAGGGCACAGUGCUCCUAGCGGAACAGCCAGGCCACCCACGGUGGUAGGGGGACCAGAAUAAACCGUGAAUGGAGCGCUGUG